AUGGCCAGUCAACAAUCCCCCAGCCAAUCCAAAUCAAUCGACGAGUAUCGAUCGUUAUACAAAACAUAUCUGGAACACUGCAACGCUCAUGACUUUGAAGCAAUGCGCUCAUUCUACGCAUCCCCCCUCAUCGUCAACGACAAACCCAUAACCCCCGCAGAAGCAACAUCUUCUUUCCAACCCAUGAUCGACGCAUUUCCUGACUGGCACUGGCACCUACGAAACCUCACCAUCGAAGGCGACUAUCUCUCGCUUCUCUUCAAAGUCACGGGCACUCACAAGGGUGACUUUCGAGGGUACAAAGCCACCGGCCGCAAGAUUGAGACGAGCCAGUUCACGCUGUACCACGUCGUCGAUGGGAAAUUUGCACAAGUCUGGGACCUGGUUGAUUUCGAGACACUGAUUUCGCAGAUCAAAUAA